CAUUUGCCCAUUUGUCCGUUUCGCCUCGUCGUCGUGGGGGCAGUGCACGCUCUUCGCAGGAGGGAGAGAGGCAGGAGAAAUUUCGGGGGUUUCGCGUUGCGGCGUGGAUGGGGGCGUCGGGCAAGUGGAUCCGGACGCUGGUGGGACUCCGGCCGGCAGCAGAGAGGGAGAGACCCGGCGCCGUGGCGAAGGGGCGGAAGUGGAGCCGGCUGUGGCGAAGCUCGUCCUCGCAGCGGGGGAGCAGCGCGCCGGCGUCGGAGGCGCCGUCCGAGGCGUCGUCCACUGCCGACAUGCUCAGCAGCUCUGUCGUCGCGGCCGUCGUGCGCGCGCAGCCCAGGGACUUCCGCGUCAUCAGGCAGGAGUGGGCAGCCGUCCGCAUUCAGUCCGCCUUCCGCGCAUUCCUGGCUCGGAGGGCGUUGAGGGCACUGCGGGGCAUCGUGCGGCUGCAGGCAUUGGUGCGCGGCCGCCACGUGCGCAAGCAGCUCUCCGUGACGCUCAAGUGCAUGAACGCGCUCGUCAGGGUCCAGGAGCGCGCGCGGGAACGCCGCUUCCGGAUCUCCGCGGACGGCCGCCACUCGCAGGACAUCCUCGACGACCGAAGCGGCCUUGCUGAUCCUGUCAAGGAAGCAGAGGCAGGAUGGUGUGAUAGUCAAGGUACUGUGGAUGACCUAAGAUCAAAGAUGCAUAUGAGGCAUGAGGGUGCGGUAAAGAGAGAAAGAGCAAUUGCUUAUGCUCUUUCCCACCAGCGAAGUUCAAGCCACAGUGGAAGACCCAGCUCCCCUGCUGCAUCUCUCAGGAAUCAUGGAACUGGCAGAAGCAAUAAAGAUUGGAGCCAUUUGGAUGGGUCGAUGGCGACGAAACCAUGGGAGAGCCGCCUGAUGGAGCAGACCCACACCGAACACUCGAACAAUUCACGGUGUUCAGAAAGCAUCGAGGAGAUGAACGCAGCCAGCUCAAAGCUCUCAGAUGCAAGCUCAGUCAAAGUCAGAAGAAACAAUAUGACGACAAGGGUGGCAGCAGCUAGGCCGCCUCCUUCCACAAUCUCAGCUUCUUCGUCAGAUUUCGUUUGCGACGCCAGCUGCUCCCCAUCGACUUCCUCCGUCACCCCAGCCGCCUCUGGCACCAGUUUCCUAACAUCAGACAGAAGGUCUGAUUACGGGCCGAACUACAUGAACUGGACUAAAUCUGCGAAAGCAAGGUUGAAUGGUUCUGGCACAGCACAUAGGCUACCGCUCCAAAGGCAACGAUCUUCUGAUCUGCACCACCGCAUCAGCAGGAUAGCGCUAUCUUCGGCAGAUGCUCAAAGCACCGCUGGAUCGGAAGUUUCGGUUACUUCUAAGAGGCUGAACAGUCUGACUCUGAGAGGUCGAGGCGCUAGAAGAAGUUUGGACAGGAAGAACGAUGACCAGCCUGUUGCCUUGUUUUAAAUCCUACUAGUCAUGUUUAUUUUCAUGACGCUAUGCGCGUUAGGCAUGUUCAUGCUGACUUGUAUGUAUGCUCUGAUUUCAAUGCCUCGUUGCUCA